AUGACCCAGAGCGCCCAACCCUACGCAGGGCAUCCAUCGCCGGAAUCCUUUUCAUUCGAUCCCCCCGACGGUCGCAUCGCACACACAUUAACAGCCUGCACGAGAUGUCGACAGCGGAAAUCUAGGUGUGACCCCGGAAUCCCUCGAUGCGCGCCCUGCGAACGAAGCAAUGCCAAAUGCGUAUACUACGACUCGGCUCGCGAUGCCACCAUUCCUCGAACCUAUAUCGUAUCGUUACGGGACAAAGCUCGCGCACUUGAGCAAGAGCUAGCCAAGGCCGAACAGGAGGUUCAACACACGGCUGAUGCGGAGUUGAUGGUGCGGGGCGCUGGACGUAUCCGCUUCUCAGAUAAUGACGAGCCCCGGUACCUAGGCGCCUCGAGUGGCAUUGCCAUGACUCGCCUCGUCAUGGAGAUUGCCAAGCAAAACACCGAUUCGAAAAGCAUCAAGGAUGUCGUCCCCGAGCUGACCGCCCAAGAAAUCAAGGCGGCCUUUGCCCAAGAGGACUCGAAACCCACCUCCAAAGUGUAUCCUAUGAUUAGCUCGAUCCCGCAGGACACCCUACCUCCGCGGAGCUUGACAUACAAACUGAUUGAUCUCUUUGUUGCAAAAGCCCAGGCAUUGCUUCCGACGUUACAUGUACCAAGCUUCCGACAAGAAGCCGAGGAGGUCUUCAAUGGCUCUACGGACCCUUGCCACAACUUCCAACUACGAAUGGUCAUUGCAAUCAGUAUGCAGAAAUUGAGCCCGGACUAUGCUGGCCUAGCCGACAGCUAUUACCUCGCUGCCUUGCCUUUCUUGGAGCCGACCCUGAAACAAAUGGACAUCCGUGCUUUGCAAUGCCUAGUUAUGAUUGCUCAAUAUUCAAUGUUGACACCGACGAGGACGGCGUCAUUUUGGGUGGUUGGUACGGCAGUGAGAAUGUGCCAGGAGUUGGGAUUUUGUGAAGAAGCCACCAUUGCUCAAUCAUCCAACGGACAACCGCUCAAUCCAUUAGAGCUCGACAUGCGCAGACGGCUCUUCUGGAUCGUUGCAUCCAUGGAAUUCGGCCUUUCCCAUAGUUUGGGCCGUACCAGCGCCUUGAGCCUCACUCACGACAAUGUGAACGUCAAGUUCUUCGAGCUGGUGGAUGAUCGCUAUAUCACGGCCGAGGGAAUCAAUCCACACGCGAAACCAGUUCUUGCCAAGUGUAUUGCGAUUCACUUUUUCAAGAUGCGUCUCCUCCAAUUGGAGGUGCGCCGUGCACUUUACUUGAAUCGAUGCGAGACUCCUACCCAUGAUCAAGAUCCCUGGUUUGCCCAGAUGCUGGCAAAGAUCGAUCACUGGGUUGACACUUGCCCGAAGAAUGACGAUGGCAGUGGCCUAAAUGUGAAGUGGUUCCAAGGUAGACGAAACACUAUUGUUAUUCUCAUGCAUCGCCCAUCACCUCAAAUACCCGAGCCCUCAGUUCAUGCGGCCAAGAUCUGCUACGAAGCAGCGACCUUUAACAUCGCCAUGCAUCAGGAACAGACCAUCACCGGGUCCGUAGACUUGACGUGGAUCUUCACCCAAUCCCUCUUCAUGGUAUUCAACACCGUUCUUUGGACUCUUUCGUACCCCGAGAUUCGAAAAGAGCAUCCCAUCGAGGAAGUUCAAGGGUAUCUAGACAUGGCAUUGGAAGUCAUAGUAUAUGCAGCCGAACGAUGGCCCGGCGUGCAGUCUGCAUUGAUCCUUUACAAGCGCCUUGUCGCGGCCUGUUUGAAGGCGUACAGCACCGAGGAAUCGUUCGUGGUUCAAUCGCCUUCCAAUCAUCCUACUCCCACCUCAUCACAAGGGGUCACCACUCCUCCUGCCAUGUCGAGUCCAUCAACGAGCACGACUGCCUCUUACUACUCGCAUAAUCAUCGCGGUGCCAAUCACUCGAUUGGUGAUAGUGCUUCAGCUGGUACUUUCUCCAGAGGUCCCUCCGCCGACCCAACGGGCCCCUUCUCUCAUGUCACCAAAGAUUCCACCCCUCCAGCGUUUGCUCCGGACCAGGCGAAAGCGAUUGGCAUUUCUCCCGUCACCCCGGUAUAUAGUAUACAGCCCACCGUCACAACUCCUGGCACCGCACCCCAGUAUACCUCACAUGCUUACUGUGCACCAUCUGGACUUUUCCCUGAUGUUUCUAUCGAUCCUAAUACCCCAUACAACACGAUGCCCUCGGUGGUUCCGGGCCUCCAAGGCUGGGACCCCAAUUUCUCACUUGCCUCUACGACUGCCAGUCAUCUGGCCUACAUUGACGCUCCCGUGGAUCCAAUGCAGUGGACAUCCUCUAUCGGAGAUCAAUACUCAAAUUACUUCAACGAACCCUUCCCCAUACCUCCCUGGCGAGAGCGCACCCUCAGCCAACAGGAACAGAUUGAGCUUAUGGCGUCACUGGAGCACAACAUCCCCGACGUCUCUGCACAGCUGGUUCGCGAAUCUAAUGCAUUCUACCAGUCUUGA